AUGUCCAUUAAUCAAUCAGUCAAAAACAUAUCCCUCCAAACCGACAAAUCCGCCAACGCGAUCCGCAUCCGCGACAACCAGCGACGCUCUCGCGCCCGCCACAAAGAGUUCGUCGACGAGCUGCAGCGAAAGGUCCAGGAGUACGAGAAGCGCGGCAUCGAGGCCUCGCUGCAGAUGCAAAAGGCCGCUCGCGACGUCGCCAUCGAGAACUCGCGCCUGCGCGCCCUGCUCGCCAGCCGCGGCGUCUCCAGCGACCAGGUCGACGCCUACCUCCGCUCCUUUGACGACGACCCCAAGAGCUCGUCCGCCAUAUCCAUCAACACCACCCUCGCCCCCAUCCUCAACGGGCCCGUCGUCCUCGAGCCCUCGCCCACGCAGUUGCCGCCCCUGCAGGAGCACUUUGGCAAGACCUUCCACCCCGACCAAGCCGCCACCGCCGACAACGCCGACGCCGCCGCCCUCAAGAAGAGAAAAUACGGUGAUGCCCUGCUGCCGCCGGUGCUCACGCUGACGCCGACCCCCGACGUCCAGCAGAGCUCUGCCCUCGACAGGCUCGCCGUCCUCGCCGACGCUAGUCUUAAACGCUCCUCAACCCAGCCGCCCGCACAGCAUUCCAGCACCUCGUCCGAGUCCUCGCGGAGCCCGCAUUCCUACGACCGCACGAGCCAGACACCCCCACGCCCUGCCGAACCGCACUGUCACCAACACCAACACCAGCAUCUGCCGACCGCCUCCCCCCACGAGAUGUCUUGCAACGCCGCCGCCCGAAUCAUCGCCGACAUGCAAGGUAGCAGCGCCGACGACCGCAAGACAAAGAUAGCCCUUGGGUGUAGACCUCAGGAUGAGGAAUGCUUCGUCAAAAACACGUCAAUCUUCCGCGUGCUUGACCACCGAUGA